UGCUGUGGUAAGAGGAAAAUUUGUUUUCUGCUUCUCAUCCUUGACAGCUUGUUUGCGACCGUGUGGCUGCUUACAUUUCAUGAUCUAAAUUUGGUUUUCAAGCAAACGUUUCGACUGUGCGAUAAUCGUAAGUUUUUAAUAUGCAUGGGAUGGUAUCAUGGAGAGAGACAAUCAUCAAGGAGAAGCACAGGGAGUGCACAUUUCUGAGCCACCAUCAGAAAGCAGCCUACCUGCUGACACCUUGGUAACCUCUCUAAGCCUUCUGGGGAAUCAUAUGUUCCCUGAUGCAGGGGAGAAGCAAGAAGAAAUAAAUUCCACUGCUGACAAAGAGGAGCCUGCAGAGCUGCAGCAAUCAGAUGUUGCCCUGAAGGAGCAUAGUGUGGCUGAGCCUCAUUCUAACCAGCUGAAAAGGCUAGAGACUGAGGAGGCUGAAACCUCAGUGGAUCUGAACAAUGUGUCCACUCAGUCAACUGACAGAGAAAAGGAAGAUACCGCUAUGGACAAUGACCAGAGUGACUCUGGGGAGUUUGUGGUUACAAUGCUGGCAAAGGCUAAGCUGGAGGAGCAAGGCAUCGGUGUGAAGGGAAGGUCAUCUCCAUUGUUGGAGGCAGGCACCCAGGAAUCUCCUGCAUUUAUGUCUCACAGAGAUGAGGAUGUGACGGCUGAAAGUUGGCGACAGCACAGAAAACACGUUUUUGUGCUAAGCGAAGCAGGCAAACCCAUCUAUUCCCGAUACGGCAGUGAAGAGGCUCUUUCAUCCACAAUGGGAGUCAUGAUGGCACUGGUGUCCUUUGUCCAGAGUGGAGACAAUAUCAUCCGCUCAGUCUAUUCAGAGGAGCACACUGUUGUGUUCUUACAGAAGGGGCCCCUGGUGCUGGUGUGUGUCUCCAGUAGCCGCCAGUCUGAGGAGCAGCUGCGUGGGGAGCUCCUAUAUGUGUACUAUCAGAUCGUCAGCAUGCUCACCCAGGCCAGCAUAUCUCGUAUUUUUGAACACAAGAAGAACUAUGAUCUUCGGAGGCUCCUGGCAGGCUCAGAGAAAAUCUUGGAUGGACUUCUUAACCUGGUGGAUUCAGAUCCCAGCUUCCUCCUUGCAGCUGUGCACUGCUUACCCCUAGCAUGCUCUCUCAGGGACUCUCUCAGCCAGAUCCUGCAGAAAGCUAUUACACCCAAUCUGGUUUUCUCCAUCCUCAUUGCAAAGAACCAGCUGCUCACCAUUGUCCAAGAAAAGACUGUUAUUGAGGACACAAGGCUGGAGCCCGCUGAUGUCCACCUCUUGCUCAACCUCAUUGGAGCCUCUUCUGCUUUUCAAGCAGGGGAGAUCUGGACACCCAUCUGUCUCCCCCUCUUUAAUCCUGACUGUUAUUUUUAUGCAUACAUUUCCUACCUGGAUCCUCCAGAAUGCACUGUUUGCUUGCUGCUGCUCUCGACAGACAAGGAGGCUUUUUAUGCUGUAGCUGAAUGCAAGAGGAAGAUAGAGGAGGCCAUGGCGGCUCAGAACUCCCUGAGCCUCAUUGCCAAAGCACAGUCAUACAGUGUGAGUCAAGUGGGCGUCUCAGACCUCAGACACUUCAUGUAUAAACCCUUUGAUGUGCCAGACAACUACCGCCAACUCACUCAGUUCACCAGCCCAGAGAUGGAAGCGCCGUACACCAGUGAAGAGGAGAAAAUGAGACUGCUGGACCUUUAUCGUUUUAUGCACAGCCGCAUUCACAGCACCUCACGACCUCUGAAGCUUAUCUACCAUGUUGCAGAGAGAGAAACUCUACUAGCCUGGGUCACUAGUAAAUUUGAACUGUACACCUGCUUUAGUCCUCUGGUGACAAAGGCCUGUGCUAUAACUGCUAUUACCAAGCUUCUCAGGUGGAUUAAGAAGGAGGAGGACCGUCUCUUCAUCAGAUACCCCCCGAAAUAUUCAACCACCCCAAAUCCCAGCAAGAGCUCCCGAGGUGGCAAAUCUGACCAGCAAGACACCACAGAUAACGGCUACUUAUCGCUUCUAUAGAGCCUGCUUACUACUGCAGUAGUGGCUCUGGCUCUUACAAAAUUUUUGUUACACUGGUUCCAGGGGUUUUUUGAACUCUCUUUUGACACAUGUUGGACUUGACAGACACUGGGUACCUGCAUUAUACACUACAUUUUACUAUUUAAUAAGCAAUUAGCUCUUUGAAACUAGUCUUAUAUCUUUUCCCUAACAAGAAAGCAUGUAAUUUCAUCACAGCUUUCAAUAUGAAACAGCCAGGACAAAACUGCAUUAGAACAUUUUAAAUUAAACUGAGGUAGAAAAUACUAGCAAUGAUAUUUAUAUGUUUUUAUAUUGUUUUAUUAGUGCAGCAAGCGAGACAUUCUCACAGACAGUGAAUGUAACAGAUGAAUCUUCAUUCGAAUUCUAUAACAAGUCAUUUUCUGUUUUUCUCUAAGAUUAGAAAAAUGUAUUUAAACUUACUUUCUCAGUCUCGCCAUUAAUUUUUAGGGUUUUUUUAUUUCACAAAAAAGAAGUUAAGCAGAAUUUACAGGAGAUAAAAGUAUCUACAAAAACUGGAAUAACUGGAGCUACCAGAACAGGGAUAGGCCUUGGGCGUGAGCGAACAAAUUCUUCUAUGAAUUGAUUGCAAAUCUUUGUUACCUUAAAACUUGAUGGUGUUUUGACAUCUCACUGUUUCAGUUCACCAAUGACAUUCGCGCAUAGUACAUGUUCUAUUUUGUAAAGAAAUCCAAGCCUGUGACACCAGAUCACUUUAUCUGGUGUCACAGUUACAACAGUCAGGUCAUGUCUAAACAGAAAACAUGCCACAUCGGGCAGCGUUUUCCUUCAGAUACGUCUGGUACAAUCAGUACCAAUCAGUUGAUGCCUGUUGUAGUGAGUUCAGGUGACUUUUUGGAUUAUAGCUUUGUUAAGAUGGUCUUUAAACUGUAGCCUCAUCCUCGUGUCCUCUGAGGAACCUCUUGUUAUUUUGCAGUAUGUCUUAAAGAGUAUGUCUAUCGUGUUAUGUAAUAAAUCCCAGGUUGUACAAAUCCA